AUGUUCUCUGCCAUGCUUGUGGUCGCCUACCGUGACGCAAGCCCGGGGAUCCGCGUCGCCUACAGGACGGACGGCCGCCUCCUCAAUCAAUGGCGGAUGCACUUCCGAUCGCGCGUGUCCACAACCAUGGUUCACGAACUUCUCUUCACCAAGGACUACGCCCUCAACACCACCUCGGAAGGGGACAUGCAAAGGAGCAUGGAUUUCUUUUUUCCCGCCUGCAAGAACUUCAGUCCGGUCAUUAAUACGGAGAAGACGGUUGUCAUGCACCACCGCCACCCGACACUGCCUACAUCGCACUCCAAAUCAACGUGA